GUACAUUCACUGCUCCUCCCAUGUUUCAGCACACCCUGAUUUUCAACUGCACUAAGCCUCACCACUCAUGUUCUCGUUGGGCAGUCACUCCUUCGAUCUCUCCCACUCACGACACACUUCAGUUGGCUCUCUCCCUCGCUCUAUCGCUCCCUCACUUCACCUGAUGCUCCCUUGUUUCCUGCCGUGUUCCUUCAUUUCUUCUUUAGAUACAUAUCUCCUGAUCUGCAAACCAGCUCUUCAAGGAAAUGGCCUCCAAAAAUAAAAUGGGCUACAAGUGUCGUAUAGCUGGAGUGGUGCUCCUCUUGUUGGCCGGUAUUGCUGCUCUGGUCACAGUUGCUGUUGUCCAGGACACACUGAAGAGAAAAGAGUACAGCUUAGAGUUUGGCAUUGUGAUAGACUCUGGUUCAUCUCGUUCCAACGUGUAUCUGUAUGAAUGGCCAGGAGAGAAGGAGAAUGAAACAGGAAUAGUGACUGAACGAAUGAACUGUAAAGUCAAAGGUGUUUCUAUCUCGGGGAUGAAAGUCGAUCCCAUUAAAGAUGAAGAAACGUGGAAGGGAUUCAACCGCUGUAUGGAUGACAUCAUCAAAAGUAUUCCAGAAGCAAAGCACAAAACCACGCCUCUCUUUCUGGGAGCUACAGCGGGAAUGCGACUCUUACAAGAGGAAAACAAACAGAGAUCUGAAGAAGUCAUGGAAAGUCUUCGAGGGUACCUGACUUCACUGCCCUUUAACUUCCAGAAUGCUUCUAUAAUGACUGGGCAGGAAGAAGGGCUGUACGGCUGGAUCACAGUCAACUACUUGAUGGGAAACUUCCUUGAGAAAAACCUUUGGAACGCUUAUGUGCGCCCACAGGGGGCGAAGACGGUUGGCUCCAUGGACCUUGGUGGAGCGUCAACACAGAUUGCCUUUCAAGUUCAGGAACGUGGAAAUGGGCCUGACUACUUGCAGGUCAAACUGUACGGUUACCCGUACACCGUCUACACACACAGUUUCCUCUGCUAUGGCAAAAAUGAGGCUGACAAGAGGAUUCUUGACAAAAUAGUCCAGGAAUCCUCCAACCCAACUUCCAUAGUUAACCCCUGCUACCCAAGAGGUUACAACACCACCCUGAAUGUCUCAGAAAUUUACGACACCGAGUGCACAAAGAAAGCCCGAACCUACAACCCUGAUCAAAAGCUGUACUUGGUUGGUGCUCCAGACUCAGAAAAAUGUGGGGAAAUUGUGAAGUCCAUAUUCGAUUUCAAAACGUGCUCCACAUCACACUGUUCCUUUGAUGGGGUUGAGCAGCCACCCGUUACCGGAGAAUUCAUGGCGUACGCUGGAUUCUACUACCUGGCUCAAGCUCUGAUGGUGAAUGGCACGUCGGAUCUUGAUCAGUUCAAAGCUUCAGUUGAGAACUUCUGCCAAACACCUUGGACCGUGCUGAAACAACAAAAAUCACUGAUUGCUGACAAACACCUCAGGACCUAUUGUUAUAGCACUCGCUACAUCCUCACACUCUUGGCAGAUGGAUACAAGUUUAAUAAAGAAACAUGGAAAAAUAUUCACUUCGAAAAAACGAUAAAGGAAACACACAUAGGCUGGAGUUUGGGCUACAUGCUGAGCUUGUCCAACAUGAUCCCGUCUGAAGUAAAAGAAAUCCCACCAAUGACAAACCCCGUCUUCGCUGGCCUUAUCUUUUUAUUUUCAGCUUUGAUCAUUGUAACUGUUGUUCUAGUGUUUAUUAUCCUCAUCCGUACUUGCUACUGAGAACAUGUGACUCAGCAAAUUGCCAAAAGCCAAGAAGGCAUAUUUGUAAGUUGAGGAAUGCUGUAAAGUAGCAUGUGUGUUCAAGUUUCAAUAAUGGUAAAAAAUAGUGAUGCCCAAAUUAACAUUCCUAUUUCCAUUUCUAAAGUUGUCAGUGUAACAGGAUUGUAAAGAGCAGCUGAAAAAGCCUCAAACGCCGUUUCUUUUGUAUCUCAGGGAAGCUACGGAAGCAUCAAUCACGAUGUCUUCAUAUUUGGUCAAACAAUUAGCACAAUGGUUGAGUAAUGAAUGAAACCCCUAAAAAUUCAACUUCUGCUUGUUCUUGUUGCACAGUGUAUACUUAAAAAAUACGAUAAACUCACGUCUUCACACUUGGCAGCUCACUUGUAACUUUAUGCAAAAGCAAGUGUGGUUUUAAUUUGUUGCCUUUUUUCCUGUAUGAAAAAUGUAUUUGCACUAAAAUGCAUCUACUUUCUCCUAAAGCUUUAAUGUAGCAGUAAAAAUCUGUUGAAAUCUACAGCAGGUGCUCAUCUGCUAUUGACUUACUGAAUGAAAACCAUCCCAACACAUAAUCCACUGGAUGCACACGGUGGCAUUUUGAAAAGCUACAGAGCCUCCUUUCUUGGUUCUUGAAGAUUUUUUGUCUUUGCCAAAAUAUUUCUACAGUUAUAACUGAGGAAUUUUAACUUCAAGGUCAGACCAGCCGAACAACAGCUUAUAAUCCUGAAACUUCCUAAAAUGAACAAAGAAAAUCUUUGGAAACAGUUGAAAUUAUUUCAAGAAAUGCUAAAAAGUUUCUGCUGCAAUCGAAGCACUUAUUAGCAGUAAUGUUCCCCAACGAUGUACUGAACUGCCCUUAAAGUGUUGUUGAGUGUUCAUUACUUUUUAAAAUUAUGAGUGAAUUCCAUAAUAUCUAAAAGGAAGUCCAAAUUACUCAUUGAAACAACUUUUUUGUUUUUAUGUCAACACAAUAACUUUGUAUCUGUAAAAACUUGGUUUCAAGUGUACUGGUUAUUUUGUCAUUGCACUAGAGAACCUAAUGCAUGUUUCUCACUGGUUGCACUGGCACAUCUGUUUUGGUAAUGUCUUCAUAUUGAUCAUUACUCUAAUAAAUAAUAAACAUAUCGUUGAACUGCA